AUGACUAUAAUUAUAAUCACUUCAUAUUGUUCAUUGUUACAUCAUCAUAGAAAAGUACGACAUAUACAAAAGUAUAACACGUUAACGCAAACAAUGUUUUUAGGUGAAUUAAAAAAAUUGAAUGUACAUCUACUUGAAGAAGAGUCAAUUGGAAGAGAAGUAGCUAAUUUACAAUUUUUAAUUAAUCGUACCACUAAUCCAAAUAAUAAUAAUAAUAAUAAUAAUCAAUUAACUAGUAAUACAAAUCAUAAUAAUGAAGAGAAAUCGACCAAAACCAAUUAUUAUUAUCAAAUAUUCAAUAGUGAACCACAAUCGAAGUAUUUUCAUUUAGAUGCUCAAACUGGGAUAUUACGAGUUGCAAGACGUAUAGAUCGUGAUCAGUUGUGUCCAACAUUUAAAUCAUGUUGUACAUAUUUAAAUAAUGCAAAUUAUCUUAAUAAAAAUGCAUAUUUAAAUUUAAUAAUGAAUAAUCAUGUCAUGGAUAAUGAACAACAUUUGUCCAAUUGUCAAUUAGAUUUAAAUAUCCGCUCAGAUGAUCAAUAUUCCAAUAUCAUUACAGUCAGUGUACAUAUUAUUGAUAUCAAUGAUAAUUCACCAACAUGGUUGUUAGGUAGUAAAGCAGGAGGAUUUUUAAAUUUUCCUGAUGAUAGUCAAAAGCAGGAUGUAAUGCAUGUAUACGUUUCAGAGAGUAGUCUCAUUGGAGAUACAAUACAACUAACACCUGCUGUUGAUCAAGAUGCUGGAUCAAAUAAUAUUAUGAAAUAUGUGAUUGAACCACAAUUUCCUGAAUUCCAGUUAGAAUGGACAUCACUUGACAGAGAUACUACAAUGACAAACAUUCAAGUGUCAGGUGACACGCUUUCUAAUGAUGCUCAUUCAUACUCUGAUCAAUAUAUGCGAUCACCACCUGGUCCGAGACAUGAACUUCGUUUAAUUGUUCGAGGUACAUUGGACAGAGAAACAAAAUCAUUGUAUGAAUAUAAUCUAACCGCUAUCGAUGGUGGCUCUCCAAGUAGAAAUGCAACAAUUAAUCUACAAGUUCAUAUCACAGAUUUUAAUGAUAACUCGCCAGUUUUUGAAAAAGAUACAUAUAUUGUGGAUUUGCAUGAAAAUGCACGACCGCAUACACCAGUCAUACAAGUGAAAGCUACUGAUAUUGAUGAAGGAAGUAAUGCACAAAUCAAAUAUCGAAUAAGUUCAUUGACUAAACCUGAUUUUCUACGGCUAUUUACAUUGGAUCCAAUUACUGGUUGGAUACAUGUUCAAUGGGAAGUGGACUAUGAAAUACACAAGAAAAUAAUAUUAACUGUUGAAGCAAAUGAUGGAGGUAGUCUACCAAGAAGUACAACUUGUAUUGUAGAAAUAACUGUAUUAGAUGAAAAUGAUCAUUCACCGGAAUUACACUUUGAACCAGCUUAUUUAACAAAUUAUGCCUUAGUACCAGAAAAUGAAAAACCUGGUCGAUUAGUUGCUGUAUUCACUGCACAAGAUAAAGAUAGCGGUGAUAAUGGUCGUGUUAGUUGUCGUUUAGCUGAAACAAGAAAAUGGACAUUUGAUACACAGAAUAAAGAGAAAUUAGAAAAUCUCUUAUUAAAUCCAACGGAAAUUCUCUUUAGUUUACAACAAAUGCAUAUGCCUUUUUCUAUAAUUUACAAGCUAACAACUGCUUCUAGUUUUGAUCGAGAAUUCAUUUCAAAAAUCACCGUUUGGAUAACAUGUUCCGAUUAUGGGAUACCACCGAGAAAUAGUACAGGAUCAGUAUCUGUUCGAAUAUCCGAUGUAAAUGAUGAACCACCAAAAUUUAGUCAAAAACAUUAUUAUUUUAAUGUCAAUGAAAAUACUGAACUAGGCACAAUAAUCAAUAAAAUCAAUGCAACAGAUCCUGAUGAAGGUGAAAAUGCCAAACUGUCAUUUUGGUUAAGUGGACAAGAUGCUAAUUAUUUUGACAUUAAUAAAGCUAAUGGUUAUCUAACAGUACAACAAUUAUUAGAUAGAGAGACGAUCAAUGAAUUGCGUUUUCGAAUUCAUGCUGCAGACAACGGAAUGCCAAGUUUAAAUUCUACUGCAGAUGUCACAGUCACUAUACAAGAUGUGAAUGAUAAUCCACCGAGUAUAUUGAAUAAAAUAGAAUUCUAUGUAUUCGAAAAUCAUACAGCCUCAUUAGCUAUUGGCAAAAUCACGGCACAUGAUGCAGAUCUUGGUCGAAAUGCUGAAAUCACUUUUACUCUAAUUCAAUGCAUUGCUUAUGGAUUAAAAACUGUCAAUCAUUCCGAUAGUGCAGUUCAUGAACCGUAUGAAAAUUAUGUGAACAAUAAGAAAAAUUUCUCACAAUCUCUUGAAAUUAUGUAUACAUUUUUCAUUGCAAAAGAUGGACAAAUCUAUUUAGGCCGAUCGAAAUUAGAUCGUGAAUUAUAUCCAUUGUACGAGUUAACAGUUCGUGUGGAAGAUCAAGGUACACCGAAAUUAUCAUCGACAACAAUUGUUUUAAUACAUAUAUUAGAUGUGAAUGAUAAUACACCCAGAUUUAUUUUUCCGUCGAUUGGUAAUAAUACUGUUUAUGUACCUAAAGAAACAAAACCGGGAACAUACAUAGCGAAAUUAUAUGCAAUUGAUGAAGAUUCCGAAGAAAAUGGUCGUAUAACAUAUGAGAUUAAACCAAAUGAACAGACAAAUAUUGAAUCAUUAUUUGAAUUAGAUCCUGUCACCGGUGAUCUAAUAUUGAAACGUUCGCUAGAUUAUAAUAUGGAUUCAUUGAAAAUAAAUGAAAAUAUGAAAUUUAAAAAUGUUAACUUAAAUCCUGUUCAUAGUAGUCGAUCAUUUCAACACAUCAAUAUGAAUCAUCAUAAUCAAUCUGUCAAUGCCAGAAACGCUACAAAUUUAAAACACAAUGAAUUUAGAAAUAAAUUGCAUGAAAGUCAAAUGGCAUACAGUUUAAUUGUUACAGUAACAGAUAAUGGAGAACCACCGUUGAAAUCGUCAACUAUUUUAAGAAUUCUAUUUACACCGCCAUUUUAUCCACCAAGUAAUUCAAAAGAUUCACUAAACUCUUUCAACAUAAAAAAACAUUCAAUUCGACAAAAAUCAUCAAACAAUUAUGUUGACUAUACUAAAGGUCAAUCAACCUCAGAUGGAUUGGAUUUCGAUACAUCCGUAGAUAAUGAACUAACUGGGAUCGGUGUACUACUUGGAUUAGUGACAGCUAUUGGAUUGUUUGUCUGUUUUUUAAUUCUUGUCAUUAUGAUCACAUUUUAUCAAAAGUAUAUGCAACCUUUGAAUGUGCCUCGGUCAUUCAAUACACCACACAUAACAACUGGUUGUAUACCACAUUCAAUUCUUCGACAUAUUCCAGUAGAACAAUUGAAUAAAUCUGAUAGAAAUUUAACUGAUUCAACUAGACAAUAUUAUUUACAAGCCAUGAAUGAUGUAAUGCCGAAUACAGAAAAUGAAUUAUUGACUAGUUUUACAACACUUUAA